AAAGUGCCAAGCAUUUGAUCCAAUGAAUAAACGCCUCUAUGCCCACUGCAACAUCCAACCAUGCCUCUGGCAAAAGGAAGCCAGAUACGAAUGUCUCCAAAGAUGCCCAUUUGCCGAAGCGACCCCGAAAUAACGACCCUAAGACUCCAAUACCAGCUCUGCUAGCUCCCCACGAAACCAUCAUCGCCGAACUCAACUCCAAAUAUGACAUCCUACCUGCUUCAGUUAUCUCGUCGACGCAAAUCAAGAAGCGCAUCAUGCAGGUCGCAAAUCAUAUAAUAACCCAAGGCGACCGCCCUCGAGUAGCACUGCUGUAUGCGCGAACCGCCGAUGUCUGCAAGCUCAUCACAGUGGUGGAAAAAUGCAAGCGGAUUGUCAUUGAGGAAGGGAGAGCAUAUUAUCAGUACAACCAGCUAUUUGACCAACCAGAAAAGUCUAAAAGCAAAGAUAUUGUUGAAGAGACAAUCCUUGAAAAGAACAUUCAAGAAGACAAUGGUUCCGACAACGACGAUUUCGAGGUUAUGCACAGCCGAUUUGAAGGCGCAGUGCUACCUCAGCCCUCUCCACGAUCUGUGAAGUCAAUGAGGAUUUUCAUUUCGACUGUGCCCAUACAGGAAUUGAAAAUAAAGAAGGGUGUCACGGUCCAGUCUGGUACAGCCAAGCAGGUUUGAUACAAUCCCCAUAAUUCUACUCUGUUCAGGCUGUUUUGUCUACCUUUAUGUUUUAAAAAUACUUCCAUGAACCACUCCAGGGAUGGUUUAUGGUUGAGCAAGUCAUAUAGCAAAUCACAAGAUACCCAGCGCAAGUAAAUAGAACAUUCUGCUUUUAUUUGUGCCG